AUGAGCGUUGAGCAUCAUCCACAACAGCAUUAUCAGGCUCAAAUCCAACAACAGAUGCAACAACAACAGAUGCAACAACAACAGAUGCAACAACAACAGAUGCAACAACAACAGCAGCAGCAGCAGCAAAUGCAGCAGCAGCAGCCGGAAACUCCGCAAAGACAGGUAUCUUUCAACGUUUCCGACCAUUAUCAAAUAUUGGAGAUUGUUGGUGAAGGAGCAUAUGGUAUCGUAUGUUCAGCCAUCCACAAGCCAUCACAACAAAAAGUGGCGAUCAAAAAGAUCGAGCCAUUUGAAAGAUCAAUGUUGUGCUUGAGAACCUUGCGUGAACUCAAGCUUUUAAAACAUUUCAAUCAUGAAAAUAUCAUAUCGAUACUUGCUAUUCAACGGCCAUAUGAUUAUGCCCAUUUUAAUGAGAUCUACUUGAUCCAAGAGUUGAUGGAAACAGAUUUACAUCGUGUGAUACGUACACAAACAUUGACUGAUGAUCAUAUACAGUACUUUACAUAUCAAACAUUACGAGCUUUGAAAGCUAUGCAUUCGGCAAAUGUUUUGCAUCGAGACUUGAAACCGCUGAAUUUACUACUCAACUCCAAUUGUGAUUUGAAAAUAUGUGAUUUUGGUCUUGCUAGAAGCAUAGCCUCCCUGGAGGACAAUUUUGGGUUCAUGACAGAGUAUGUGGCUACUCGAUGGUACAGAGCUCCAGAAAUCAUGUUGACUUUCCAAGAGUACACUACUGCUAUUGAUGUUUGGUCGGUGGGGUGUAUAUUGGCCGAAAUGUUGAGCGGCAGACCUUUGUUUCCAGGAAGAGAUUAUCAUAAUCAGUUGUGGUUGAUUAUGGAAGUUUUGGGUACUCCCAACAUGGAAGAUUAUUACAAUAUCAAAUCGAAAAGGGCAAGAGAGUAUAUUCGGUCAUUGCCAUUUUGUAAAAAGAUUCCAUUUGCUGAGUUGUUUAAGAAUGUGAAUAAUGCUCCAAUAAACCCACUAGCGUUGGAUUUGUUGGAAAAAUUACUAAUUUUUAACCCUGCUAAACGUAUCACCAUGGAAGACGCUUUGAAGCAUCCGUAUUUGCAAUUGUAUCAUGAUCCAAAUGAUGAGCCUGUUAGCGAAAAAAUCCCCGAGGAUUUUUUUGAUUUUGAUAAAAAGAAGGAUGAGUUGACCAUUGAGGAGUUGAAACGGAUGUUGUAUGAUGAGAUAAUGAAACCUUUAUAA